AUGGCCAAAACAACAUCGAAGAAGAUCAACACCUUGGUGCUCGUGAUAACAACCUUCACGGUUCUCUUGGGCUGCUGCUCGACGACAAUCUACAAAGUGGGAGACUCCGAUGGAUGGACUGCCAAGGAAGACGUCUACAACGAGUGGGCCGAGCGUAAGGAGUUCCAUGUAGGAGAUUCUCUGGUCUUUGAAUACGAUCGCAACUUGAAUGACGUCACUCAUGUCUCAGGCGCCUUGGAAUAUGAAUUUUGCGACUCUUCUUCUCCUAAAGCCGUCUACAAGACAGGACACGAUGUGGUAACCCUCACGGAACCAGGUUUUUACUAUUUCAUCACCUCAAAUCAUGCUCAAUGCAAAUCGGGACAAAGACUCGACAUUCUUGUCGUCCAUGAUCCUUCACGUCCGAUUCCUCCACCACCACCGAGCAAGAUCCUACCUUUUGGAAAGAUGUACAAGGUCGGUGACUCAAAAGGAUGGAGGGUGGUUUAUGACAGUGACUUCUAUUAUAAGUGGAGUAUUGAGAAACAGUUUCAUGUUGGUGACAGUCUUCUUUUCGAAUACGGAAACGAAGUCAAUGAUGUUUUAGAAAUCAGCGGUGAUCUUGAGUUCAAAUUCUGCGACCCGACUUCUCCUAUAGCCGUUCACAAGACAGGACAAGAUCUAGUCAAGCUCACCAAACCAGGAGUCCAUUAUUUCAUCAGCUCAGAGACAGGUCACUGCGAGGCUGGCCUUAAGCUACGAGUAGUGGUCGCACCUGAAGUGCCCAAUGUUCCCAAGUUGUCACUUAUUCAACGUUUCAUAAGGUGGUUACGCAGUUUCAGGGCUCAUCACUAA